AUGAAUAGGCUUUAUUUCUUAGUAUUUUGUUUUGUUUGUUGUUUUGCUUGUUCGGUAAGAGGGAUGAAUGGAAUAAUACCCCGUAAUAAAGAGAGCAGAAGCAAACGUGUAAUAAAAGGUAUAAAAAAAAAGUAUAAAGGUUUUACAGAAAGAUAUAGAAAAUCCUUACAUUUAAAAGAUGAAGAUAUUAUAGGAGCUUAUUCUAUGCAGGCUUAUUAUUUUUUUGAUAAAAAUAUAGAACAUAUGUUUAAGUGGAGGUUAUUUUAUAAUUUUUGUAAAAAAAGUCCAUCUCCAUGUAAUUAUUUUAAAUUAAGAAAAGAAUUUAAAAAAAUAUAUGAAGGUAGUACAUUUACAUUAAAAAAAUAUGUAUCAGAAGUUAAUAUUAUUUAUAAUCAAUUUAUAAAAGAAUAUUCAACAGUUAGAUUUAAUGUUGAUUUAAAAAAAAAUCAUAUAGCUAAUUUAUCUUAUACACCCAAUUUAACAACACAAAUUAUGAAAUCAUUAACCAGUCUUAUUAAUGAUCAACUUAUGGAAAAUGAAUUAAAAAAUCCAACAUGGAAAUUAUCUUUUAAUUAUCUGACUGGAACUAAAUUAUUAACAAUAACUGUCCCUUCAGCUGUACCAGGACUCAACUUUUUUAUUUACUACUACAUUACAACAUUUAAAUAUUAUUAUUCAAAAUUGUUUGGUACACUUGGAAAUAUAUAUUUUAGAUUUCAAGGUAGUAUUAAAAAACAUAACGUAGGAUAUUUUAGUAUUGAAAGAAGGUAUGAAAGAAAAACAUAA